GGUGGCGGCCGCGGCGGCGGCGGCUGAGGCGGAGGCGGAGGGAGAGGAGUCGGCCCCGAUGUGAGGAGCGGCGCGGACCGUCUGUCCACACCCGCCGUCCGGCUCGGACCCGGCCCCUACCCCUCCUCAGGCCGGCUGCACCAUGCGGAGCCGGCGGGGGUUGCGGCUCCCGCGCCGCUCGCUGCUCGCCGCGCUCUUCUUCUUCUCGCUGUCCUCUACCUUCCUCUACUUCGUGUAUGUGGCGCCCGGCAUAGUGAACACCUACCUCUUCAUGAUGCAAGCCCAAGGCAUUCUGAUCCGAGACAACAUGAGAACAAUAGGCGCUCAGGUGUAUGAGCAGGUGGUACGGAGUGCCUAUGCCAGGAGGAAUAGCAGUGUAAAUGACUCAGAUUAUCCUCUUGACUUGAAUCACAGUGAAACCUUCCUGCAAACCACAACUUUUCUUCCUGAAGAUUUUACAUACUUUGCAAACCAUACCUGCCCUGAAAGACUCCCUUCUAUGAAGGGCCCAAUAGAUAUAAACAUGAGUGAAAUCAGAAUGGAUGACAUCCAUGAAUUCUUCUCCAGAGACCCUGCCAUCAAACUUGGAGGUCAUUGGAAGCCCAGUGAUUGUGUGCCUCGUUGGAAGGUGGCAAUCCUUAUUCCAUUCCGAAACCGUUAUGAGCAUCUCCCUGUUCUUUUCCGGCAUCUAAUUCCUAUGCUACAACGUCAGCGUCUGCAGUUUGCAUUCUAUGUUAUUGAACAAACCGGUACUCAACCCUUCAAUCGUGCUAUGCUUUAUAACGUUGGCUUUCGUGAAGCAAUGAGAGACUUGAAUUGGGAUUGUUUGAUUUUUCAUGAUGUGGAUCAUAUACCGGAAAAUGAUCGCAACUAUUAUGGAUGUGGGCAAAUGCCAAGGCACUUUGCAACCAAGCUAGAUAAGUAUAUGUAUCUGCUUCCUUAUAAUGAAUUUUUUGGUGGAGUGAGCGGCUUAACAGUAGAGCAGUUUCAGAAAAUUAAUGGCUUUCCUAAUGCAUUCUGGGGUUGGGGUGGAGAAGAUGAUGACCUCUGGAACAGAGUACAGAAUGCAGGCUACUCAGUGAGUAGGCCAGAAGGUGACACUGGAAAGUAUAAAUCUAUCCCUCAUCACCAUCGAGGAGAAGUGCAGUUUCUAGGGAGGUAUGCACUGCUGAGGAAAUCAAAGGAAAGACAAUCUCUGGAUGGCCUCAAUAACUUGAACUAUUUUGCAAACAUCACAUAUGACGCCUUGUAUAAAAAUAUAACUGUAAACUUGACACCAGAGCUGGCUCAGGUGAAUGAAUAUUAAGAGGAAAGAAGAUAAGUUUGCUUUAUCAUCACCAAGACAACCUGGUGAGAUGUUUUGUGAACCUGCACAGGAAGAGAACAGGAAUACAGUGGCUAAUGAAGGAAUCACAGGGUUUGAAGAAUAAUAUUGCAAAAUGCACACACAAAAUAUCUUUGCUCUCCGGGCCCAGUUUGAUUGUGUAGCAAGUUUGGGAGCUUCAAUCAUCAGGACUUGCUUUCUAUUUUCCAAUGAUGGUGGUAUAUCCUGCUGCUCUUCUCUCUCCUGCACCCCCUUCCACCUCUCCAGUCCCUAUAUCUCAGCCACAAUCUCCAGGACCAGAACUGUGAUCAAACAUGGCCGUUGUCCUGCCACGGAGCUUGUUCUUCUGAAUGAUAUCUUCAUCUUCUUUGCUUGUGGAGGCAAAGAACUAAUCCCACUACUAGGGCAGCUGCCUUUAUGAAAGAGCAAAUGAACCACUCUUCAUCCAUCCUGCUA